AUGACUGAAGAAGCUGUUCAAGUUAUCAAAGAUGAAGAAAUGACUGAAAUAAAAGCUGAACAAGAAGCAAACGUCGAAAAUGAGGUGGAAAAUGGAAACGAAGAAAAAGAGAAUGGAAAUGGGGAUGAUAUCGUUACUAAAGUUUAUGCACAACAUGGUGGUGAUCCACGUCUUAUUGAUAUUUCAUAGUAAGAAAACUUAUAUUUGAAUCUAAAUCUGUUUUAUGUUUUUUCAGCUGUGUUCUUCUCAGUCAACUUCCAACCGAUUUCAUGGCCGAUACUUAUGAUCAAUUCGCAGAAUGUAUUCGUAAUUUGUUGGCUGAUGAACAUAAACUUGAUCCAUCAGCACUGUCACAGGUAUUAUAUUUUUAUUUUAAACAUAAUUGAAAAUAAGUUGUAUUGUUGCAGAUUGUAAGAAUUCCAAAACUUGAAGCGGAUAUCUCUGAGGUUUGAUUUUAUUCAGCUUUUGUGUUUUUUUUUUGUUUUUUGUUGUGAUUAUCUAAUAUGACAAGAGCCUUCCGGCAUCUCAACUUGCCAUUCUCUAAUCGAUUCCUUCUACGAAAGCAUCUAUAAUUACAGACAAAUUCAGUACGUGCUUUGUUGUGUUUCACAGAAAAAACACACAAACAUCGUAUGAUGGGAAGAAAGAAGGAUUUCGAGACGGCUGGAAUGAGAGUUGAAACUCUUGAUACACUUCCAACUGAUUUCCUCGAAUUCACUGACGAAGAUGUUAAUGGAAUCGAAGAGAAUAGUGGGGCAAGUUAUGAGAUGGCUGAUGAAAUUGGAGAAGAUGAUGAAGAUGAUAAUAAUGAAGAAGAAGAAGUAGAAACAAAGGAAAAUGAACAUGGAGAAGAUGAAUUAGAAUAUGAUGAAACCGAAGAAAAUGAGAAUAAUAAAAAAGAGGACGAAAGUGAAGAAAAUGGAAAAGGUGAAUAACUAUUUUCAUUGUUGAAGAGCUCAUGAAAUAAUGAUCAGCAUAUGGUGUAGCCGAACCGGGCUCAUCCUGAACAUUUGAAUUUUUUGCGAUACUUCAGUGUCAGUUAAAAAAGUUUACAAAUGAGUUGAUUUUGGUGGAUUGACAGAAAACUAUCACAAGAAAUGUUGAGCCUCAAUUUUUAAACUCAAGAAUCGAUGACUUCCUGUAAAAUAUCGCCGGUAUUCUAGAAGAGUUAUCACUGACUUUUGGAAAAUUUUAUGGUUUCGAAUUGUUCAUCCCUACUCCGAUAGUAAAAACCUCAAGCUUUUUUGGUUAUAAUCGAAAUUGAAACCGAAGAUUGUCCCAAAAAAUACCUACAAAAGUUAUAUGGAAAUCGAUCGACACUAACACCAUUGUUUUCCCUCCCAAUAAUUGGCUUCUCUAAAUUAAAGGUUAUUUUUUUAGAUAACUCAAAGACAGCUGAAUCAGAUGAAAAGAGAGAUGAUAAAAAGAAAAAGGUUUAUGAAGACGAAGAUGCCAAGGUAGAAUUUGAAACUGUAUGGGAAGGAGCACCAGAAUUCCAAUGGAGAAGUGAGUUUCUUUUACAAAUGUAUAAAAUUGUAGUCAAUUUCUCUCAAAAAAAGUAAUUUUUUGCAGUUGUCGAAGGAAGUCAAGACGAAAAACGUUUGGUAAUCGAGAACAUGUUCUUCUCCGAUUUGCAAAACGUAUUCAUGUAUCGUUGUAUGACACGAGCUCUCAAAGUUGAUAUCAAUGUUCCAACAAGAUAUUCAUCAGAUGGAUCUCGUGUUCUUCAUGUGUAUGUUUUUUGUCGAUUUGAUCUUUGCAAAAAUAAGAAAUAUAUAUUUCAGAACAAUGAGUUUGACAUUUUCUGGACCAUUUGCGAUUAUGGAGGAAGCUCUCACACAUCUUGUUUAUUUUAGAAGUCCAGACGGCAGAAGAAUAAAGAUUCUUUUGCCACAAAGUGAGAAACUCAUUCAUAAAAUAUAUCUUUAAAUUUUAUUUUUCCAGCACCUGGAUCAUUGAAGAGAAAGGAAGAACUUGAGAAAAAACUUGGACGAGUUAUAAAAGCGACUCCAAGAAUGAAGGAAUUGGUUGUCAAAGUUUUGCCAGAAAAUUUCGAGCCAAGUUUGGAUUUGGCUUGUAGUUGGUUCCCACUUCAAUCGGUUAUUGGAUGCGAUUUGUUGCAUGAUGAAUGGGGGUAGGUUUUCGACUUUUCAUCUCAAAUUUGGAGCGCGCUUUUGGUAUUGAAAAUAACUAACUCUUUUUCUCACCUCCCUACUUCAAAAAUGUAUACAUAUUUAACAUUUUAGACAACCUUGCGCUGUCAUAAAGUUCGAAACUGCGGAAGAAGCAAUCGCUGCACACGCCUAUAAGGCAAUUGUUAAAAUCAGCACGAAAACCAAGAAAGUUGAUAAGGAUGGAGAGGAAAAGGAAGAAACUAAACUGACCAAUUGUAAUGUGUAUAUGCGUGGAGGUUUGUUGUUACAGCUUUUUAAACAUAUUAUUUCAAAACUCAAAUAGUUCAAAGUGUGUUCAUUUGUUUUCCUUCCGCCUCCCACACAUACAAAUUUUUUUUGAUUUAAAAAUGAUUUGUUUUUUUCAUUUCAGUCGAAGCUCACUUUGGCUCACUUCUCACAAAUGUCGAUAUCAAAAAGAAAUGGUUGGAAGAAAAGGCGGCAAAAAGACCACCGCCACCACCAAAAUCAAUGAAACGGCCAGCUGGUUCAACGAUUCGAGCACCGAUCACUAAAAAGACACGAAAUAGUUCGCCAUUGCCGCCAAGAAGUGCACCAAGACCAAGUCGUGGAACACCAACGAGAGGUGGACCUAGAAAUGGACCAAGAGGAGGAGGAGGACGUGGACCACCACCAUUUGUGUCAAGACCAAGAUCUCCACCUGGUAGAAGAGCGCCACCAGUUUCGAGUUCGAGAGGAAGAGGACCGCCACCAAGAUGUAAGUUUUUUGUCAUGGGGAGCUGAUCGGAGAAUCUCUGCGUGGUAUAAAAGCACAAUGUCUGUUUCAAAAUCUUAUUUUUUCAAUUCAAAUUUCAGAAAAAUGCUCUCUUAACUUUAGGAAACUGAAAAAUUCACGAAAACAAUUAAUCUAGUCCCUUUUCGUGUAUUUAUCGAUUUUUUAAAUUCCCAAGAACUCACGAAAAAUUUCAUUAAAUUGUGCAGAAUUUUAGUUAGUCUUCUAAAAAUAAUAAAAAAUGAUUUUCUUUUUUUCAAAAAACCUCGUCCUAUUUUCUUUUUUUUUCAUUUCUAAUAAUUUUUUUCCACGUGACAUCUCAAAAAAAUUUCACAUUUCAUUUUAUUUUUCAAUCAUGAAAGUGACAAUUUCCGUUUUUUUCUAAAUUUAGUUUGUUUUUCAACUCAUAUAUCAGGUACAACACGCUGAAAGGUGUUCAAAUAAAUGUUCCCUUCUCCCCCAAAAAAACAAAGUUCAGUCUAUUAAAACCAAGAUCAAAUUGAAUUUUCCUCUAUUUCGUCACACUUAUUUAUCUUGUGCAUUUCUGAACAGGUAAAUGAUAAAUACGCACGAUACAUUUUGAAUAUUUAAUUUGUUUGAGUAUUCGUUUCAAUUAAUAAUUCAUAAGAAUCUCUAUAUCUUUUUUUUCAGCAAUUCCACCACGUUCUUCAUAUUCUUCAUCUUCUUCGUCUUCUCGACCAAGUGGUCGACCAGUUAGUGGAUUUGGAGGCAGUGGAAAUAGUGGAAGCAGCAGCAGUGCAUAUGGAUAGUAAGUUGGCAUGUUUUGAAUAUAUUAAUUAUAUAUAUUUUUCCAGUCAAUCGGAUAGAUAUAAUGAACGCCCACACAUUGAUCCCUUUGGAAGACCGACAUAUAGUAGUGGAGGAGGAGGAAAUCGUGGAGGUUUGUUACAGGAAAUAUAGCAAUUAAUUUAAUUCAGUGACACGAUUAGCCUAAGACUUCCGUUUUUUUUUGUAGAAUGAGGGAAAUGUGUCUCUGGAAUUUUAUAGAGGAAUUUAAAAAUCGAUAAUUUUUUAUGCUUCUCGCGAGCUACAGGUUUUUGAAAACUUGAGAAUUUGUGACUGUAAAUUAUUAUGAUUUUUCUAAGUUAAAAUUAAGAUCGAUUGAUUUAUUGAACUUCUAAAUUUUUUCAUCAUGAUCAAGUUUUCAUCACCUCACUACUAUUAAAAUUAUCACCGAAUUUCACACAUUCAAACACAAAACGCCCGAUAAGACAACCUUUUUUAACAACCCGCAUUUUUUCCAGGAUACUCAUCUUCGGCAUUUGCACGUUCUGACCAGGAUAGAUACAUGGAGUUAGUUUUUUUUCUUCUUUUUUUUCCAAUUAAAAAAACGCUUAGCGAAAAAGAAUUUUUCAAUUAAAAAUCGGAAUAGGAGAAAAGAGCCUGAUUAGUUUUUCGUCAUUUCGAAAUGCUCAUUUCACCGUUUUUUUCUUCUUCCAGACUGGCUUAUGGAAGCGGAAUGUCUUCUUUACCAGACUGGACAUCUUCUUCUCAAUCCACCGAAUUUUCUAGGUAAAUUUUUGACUUUUUCUCUAGAAAAUAAGCCACGCCUAUUUCGUAGUUGUUGAGACAUACAUUUAGUUUUUUAUUCCUAAUAUGAUAAGUUGUGUCACACACACACAUAGACUACAUAUUUUUGACACAAGGUUGGGAAUGAGAAAUUCCGCGCUAUAUAAAUAAUUUGAACCAAUUUUCGAUUUAUAUUUUUCAUGAUUGUUUCUUUUCCGAAUAUUUUUGAUGACAAAUUGAAUAGCAAUUUAACACGUUAAGAACACUAAAAUAUUACGUGUCUAAAUACAAACCACAGUUUUUCUCUCUCAAAAUUUUGUUACCGCCUACUCUCAUUUUUUCUACCUCCCAUCUCCCGACCAACACGUUCUUUUUCUAUCUUUUUCUUCAUUUUUUCGUCAUCAAAUGAAUGUGUGUCAAUAGUUUUCACAAACUUUAAGUUUUUUUGAGUUAUGUUGUUUACUGAGCUAAAUAGCUAUUUGUUGCGUUCUGAACGUGUAAUUUUAUAAGGAAAAAAAAACAAUAGAAAAUUAUAGACAUUAACAUUUUCAAAAGUACAUAAUAAUCAACUAGUUUUUUUGUUAAAAUAUGCAAAAUAAUAUGAUGUUUUGUAUUAUGGUUUAAUUUAUUUGAGAACAUUGAGAGAAGAAGAAAACAUGUUUUCAAUUUGAAAAGGGCAGGCGGUUGUUGUUUUUCAUUUUUCAGAAUGAGGUGUUUUAUUUUCGCGUAGUUAAUUAAUCAGGCUAACAGAAAAUAUUUUGAGAUUUUUGAAUUGUUUUCCAAUAAACGCUUCAAUACAAAAUUAUUAGACAUUUUUUGUUUAACUCCUCGAAAUGAAUAGGAAAUCCAGAUUUCGAAGAAUCGAACGAUUAUAAUAUAAUGAUUCGAAAAAAACACGAAUUCACUUUUUUCUUUCAGCCGUCGUCGUUAUUGA